UGCCAGAAUUUUAUACAAGCGUGGUUUAACGGAAACUAUGAUCACGCCGAUGGUGUUAUGGUGUAACAAUAAUAUUUUAUUAAAGUUUGAUCUAAAAAAAAAACUGUAAUUAUCUGUUUAUUAUUUUCUUACAUGAGUAACAAAAUGACACAAUUUCCAGAAGUUAUAAUAAUACUUUUGGAUGUAUCCAAGAAUAUGUUAUGUCUUUCAAAUCAAUUAGAAACAAAAUUUGAUAGUUCAAAAUCUUUAUUAUUACAUUUUUUAUCAAGAUAUAAAUUGAAUACAUUAUCUAUUAUAUCAUUUGAUUCUAUUUGUCAUAUUUUACAAGAUUUUACUGAAGAUUAUGAUUCAUUAAUUACAAAGUUAAAUCAAUUGAAUCUUCAACCUAAUGAUUCUAACCGAGAAAUGAAGCUGGCAUGUGAAUAUGUUGAAAAUUAUGUUAUUGAAAAAUUUGGACCUGAUCAAGCAUGUCAAAUUAUUAUGUUAACAGAUGGUCGUUCUCCACAAAAACAAGAAUCUCAAUCAAUACAAUUUCAUAAUCCAUCAUGGAAAUUACAUAUAAUAUGUUUAGCUGAUACAGUAACAAAAAGUGAACAUUCUCAAACAACAUCACAAAUUCUUGAAGAAUAUAAAAAAUUAUUAAAUCGUCGAAUUCCUUUAAGUAUAACAAAAAAUCAUCAAAAAGGUGUUUAUACACUUGAAAAAGGUGGUGCAUUUUGUUAUUUACCUUAUCCUCAUUUUAAGGACUCAAUUUUAAGCAUGAUGGAUAUAAUUCUUGAAAAAUAUUUUUUACCAUGUAAAGGAUUACUUUUAUGUGGGCAAUUACGUUUUCCGAUUAAAGUAUAUCCUGUUCUUCCUGAUGUCGAAUAUAUACAUGAUAUUGUAAGAACUUUGUCCAUUGUAGCAUUUAAGCCAAGGGAAAAAUUACUUGGGGAACCUUCUAUUUUUCGAUUAUGGAUGUUCGUAGAUGAAGAAUAUGAUGACCAGGUGGAUAAACAAGGGACUUUUUUCUUUUCUUGAAAUUAUCUUUUUCUGACACUCUCUAAGACGUUUGAGUUGGAAUGAUUUAGGAUAAACAAGUACGAAAUAAUU